AAAAAAAAAAAAAAUCAUCCACUCUCAGACUAGACAACCACAAACCAAAACCCACAGCACCAGCAACAACAACAACAACAACAAAGGAGAAGCCAUCAAAGCAGCAUCAACUACAACAAGUGGUGAAAAAAAAACAGCAAUAGUAAGAGAAGGAUAUGGGCGUGGACUACUACAAGAUCCUUGAAGUAGACAAGAACUCCAAGGAAGACGAUCUAAAGAAGGCGUACAGGAAGCUGGCCAUGAAAUGGCACCCCGACAAAAAUCCCAACAAUAAGAAAGAAGCCGAAGCUAAAUUCAAACAGAUCUCCGAAGCCUACGAUGUCCUUAGCGAUCCGCAGAAGCGGGCCAUCUACGAUCAAUAUGGGGAAGAAGGGCUGAAAGGGCAGGUCCCACCUCCCGGCGCUGCUGGUGGGCCGUCCGUCUUCCAGACCGGAGAUGGGCCCAACGUGUUCAGAUUCAACCCCAGAAAUGCGGAUGACAUUUUCGCUGAGUUUUUCGGUUUCUCAAGUCCGUUCGGAGGAGGGAUGGGAGGUGGGGGCGGCGGGUUGAGGGCUGGAUCGAGGUUCCCCGGCGGGAUGUUCGCGGACGAUUUCUUCGGGUCGUUCGGAGAGGCUUCAAUGAAUCAGCCUCGGAAGGCGGCGCCGAUUGAGAAUACGUUGCCCUGCAGCCUGGAGGAUCUGUAUAAGGGGACCACGAAGAAGAUGAAGAUUUCAAGGGAGAUUGCGGAUGCAAGCGGGAGAACCAUGCCAGUGGAGGAGAUUCUGACAAUCGAGGUCAAGCCCGGCUGGAAGAAAGGAACUAAAAUCACAUUCCCAGAGAAGGGUAAUGAACAGCCCAAUGUCAUCCCUGCAGAUCUUGUCUUCAUCAUUGACGAGAAGCCACACAAUGUAUUCACAAGGGAUGGGAAUGAUCUGGUCGUUACGCAGAAGAUACCACUGGUUGAAGCUCUGACUGGCUGCACCGUCCAUUUGACAACACUCGAUGGCCGGAGCUUAACCAUCCCCAUCCAGUCCAUAAUCCAUCCAAGUUAUGAGGAGAUUGUUCCAAGGGAAGGAAUGCCGAUACCCAAGGAACCCACAAAGAGAGGGAAUCUUAGGAUCAAGUUCAACAUCAAAUUCCCAUCAAGGCUAACUGCGGAGCAGAAGGCUGGAAUCAAGAGACUGUUGCCACCAUGAGACCCAUUGGGAAUGGUUUUGGUUAGCUAUAAUGACAGUAAGUUGAAGGCUGGAAUCAAGACCGUUGCUUGCCGUCUUGAGAUCCCUUGUGAAUGGUUUUGGUUAGCUGUAAUGAAAUUAAGUUAAACAGAACGUGGGAUUUGCAUUUAUGGAUUGUAAUUUUAGUGAGGUUACAUAUGUAAUAAACGCAAUUUACAUCUGUA